AUGGAUCCUACCAAUCUUGAAAACGUGCUCCGAAUAGUGGCUGCUGCCUCCCCAUUAAUCUUCCCCCCACCACCAGUGCCACCUACCACUUCCAAUAUAUCUUCGCUUCUGGCACCAGUGUUAUCUGAUCUCACUGGACAGGAUGAUGACAGUAUCUUGUCCUUCAUCAAGCUAUCUGAAAGUGGCCCUCCUCGUCCAGAACAAGGUGGACAGCGAAUCACGGAGGAAUGGCUGUCUGGGUUGACAAAUCGAGAUUGUCUAUGGCGUUUCAGGCCAGUUUAUAUUCCUUUCAGAGCCUGUUCACAAAAUGGCUGA